AUGCUGAACGCAAAGCUCAAGUCGGAUAGGAGUCUCAGGUUCGUGCAGCGCCGGGUGGUGCCCCUGGUGUCGCCCGAGCACAUCACCGUGAACAUCAGGAGGGCCCAGACGGCCCGCCAGGUGGAGCGCCUCUGCGACGAGUACUGGGCGCAGCUGUCGCCGCUCCACGUCAGCGCGUGCCUGACGCGCCUGGCGCACCUCUCCCUCCGCGGCGGAGGCGGCCAAGGCAAGGGCGGCGGCGAUGAUGGGGCCGCGGCGGACGCGCUGGUCGCGCGGCUGCUGGAGCGGGCGCAGAAGCUGCUGCCCGGCUUCCAGGCCCGCCAGCUGGCCAACACGCUGUGGGCGGUCGCGCGGCUGGGCGCGUCGCCCGGCGGCGCGUUCAGGGACGGCUACUACGCGUCGCUGGAGCGGCAGCUGCCCUUUUUCGAGCCGCAGCAGCUCGCCAACACGGCCUGGGCGCUCGCGGCUCUCGGGUGGCCCGUGCCGCGCCGCGUGACCCGCCUGCUGCUGUGGGCGGCGCUGCCGGCGCUGGGCGGCUUUGAGCCGCGGGAGCUAGCUUGCCUGGUCUCGGCCGCCUCGCGGCUGCCGACGCUGCCGGGGCGGCCGUGGCUGCUGCGGUUCCUGCGGGGGGUGGGCCCCCGCUUGGGGGAGUUUGGGGCACAGGAGGCGUCCGUGCUGGCGGCGGCGCUCGCGCGGCUGCACCAGCGGGACGCGCAGCUGCUGCGGCGGCAGCUGCCGGCGCGCCGGGCGGCAGCUGCGGGCGCGCCUCGGCAGCAGGCUGAGCAGGGGCAGCAGGAGGAGGUGAAGGAGGUCGGGCACGAUUUGCAGGAGCAGCGGCGGGAGGAGGGAGCGGAAGACGAGCAGCUGGGGCAGUGGGAGAGCGCGCAGCAGGGCCCGGCCAGUGCCGGGCUCGUGCUGCCGCUGCCGGCGCGGUUCACGGGGGCGCUGCUGCAGGCGAUCGAGCGGACGCUGCCGCGGCAGACGCCGCAGGGGCUGUCGUCCACGCUCUGGGCGCUGGCGCACCUCGGCGUGCGGCUGGGCCCCGAGUGGAUGACGCGGUAUUGGGACGCCGCCGCGCGCGAGCUGGCGGCGCAAACGCCCCAGGGGCUGUCGCUGACGCUCUGGGCAGCCGCGCGCCUGCGCGCCCGCCCGCCGCGCGAGCUGCUCGGCCGCGCCGUGCGGCUCUCGCGCGCCGCGCUGCCGGGCGCGCCGCCGCAGCACAUGGCCAACACGCUGUGGGCGCUCGCGCGGCUGCGGGCGGCGGUCGGUGCGGCGUGGCUGGGGGAGUUCCAGCGCUGCAGCUACGCGGCGCUUGGCGCGGCGUCGGCGCGCGACAUCACGUGCAUGCUGACCGGGCUGCUGGCGUUGCGGGUCGCGCCUGGCCGCCGCUGGCUGGCGCGCUGCAUCACGGAGCUCCACCACCGCCUGCCGUCAAUGGCGCCCCGCGAGCUGUCGCUCUGCCUCCUCGCCCUCGCGCGCGCCGGCCAGGCGGCCGCGGCGGCCGCUGGCGACGGCGGCGCUGGCGCCGCGCCCCCGUGGCCUGGGCGCGCGUUCAUGGCGGACUACUUUGCUGCGAGCGCAGCGCACCUGGAAGCGGGCCGCGCCGCGCCGCAGGGCCUCGCAAACACCGCCGUCGCUCUCGCGACGCUUGACUGCCGCCCGCCGGCCGCGUGGGAGGCGGCGUUCUUCCGGGCCGCGGAGCAGCUUCUGCCCAGCUUCUCGCCGCGCGACGUGGCGAGCACGCUGUGGGCGCUGGCGGUGCUGGACGUGCGGCCGCCGGCGGGGUGGAUGCAGCAGCUGCUGGCGUCGAUGCCAGUGCUGGAGAUGAGUGCGGCGCAGCUGAGCGGCGUGCUGUGGGCGCUCGCGCGCUUGGAGGUGCAGCCGGGCGGCGCGUGGGUGCGGGCGUUUGUGCAGCGCACGCGGGAGGUCAGCGCCGCGCUCGAGGGUGCCGGUGCCGGCGCCAACACAGCUCCUCUCCGACAAGCCGUGGCGAACACAGGCGAUGUGCCUGUUGGCGUAAACGGACACCACAGCAUUGGCAGCAGCAGCAGCAGGAGCAGCAGCAUAACCAGCACUCACACCAAUGGCAGCAGCAGCACCAACACCUUAACCCCCACCAGCAGUAGCAGCGGCAGCGGCAACGGUGCCAGCAACGCAUUUUCUGCCGUCAUCCUGCAGGGCCUGACGGCCUGGGCCGGCGCCUCUGGUCGCCUGGACCUGGGCGCCGGCCUGCAGGGCGCGGGCGAGCCGCAGCCCACCGCGGGCGCGAGUGUCCAUGCCCACGCCGACCCCGCAGUGGCUGCAGCGAUGCAGCUGACCGCCCUGUGA